CGUGCGCGCCCUCGAAGACGCUGCGCGGUCACGGUGAUAGUACUGCUGUCACGAGCCUUGUCCAAGCCGAGAGAAUUAGAACGAACAUAAAUUAUACAAGACAUCUUAUUUACCACGUCCACUGCUUGGUUUCUAGAACCGGACUGGAUUUGACAACACUAAUUGGCCGUCUGGACUCUGCUCAGAGUUGUUUCCGCCAACCGGUGAUGUAUUGCUGCAUUUGAAUGAUAGUGCUAGCCAGCUAGCCUGCUAGCUGUGGAGCUAGCUGUAACGUUACGCUGCGAACUAAGUUAACCGCGUCUCUUAGAGUGGAAUUUAAAUAACUGCAUUUACCCCUGUCUGAUAUUGCCAUUAAACAUCAUUACAGUGAGCGAUUUGGAAUUCGGAGACUCAGUCUAGCUAAACGCCGCGCCGUCGCUUUAAUCCGAGCUCGAUUCGGAUUGAAUGAAAUAAGUGUUCCAUCGCCGAUCGGAAACCAUUCGCUGAACGGACAGAUCUCCCGGGUCCCUGCCGAUCGUCCGCACAGUAUUCGUGCCAGCGAACCUCGGUCGUGUUAAGCCUCAGGGAACGACAGGACCGCUAAGUAGCUAGCUGCUCCCACCACGUCAAGUUGACCACCUUCCACUUCCAGCUCAGAGAAGCUGACCAGCAGCCCUUGAUAUUUUAGGCCGGAGUGUGGACGGAAAAGUGCAAAAAUGCCGGCUGUCUCGAAAGGAGAUGGAAUGCGAGGAUUAGCUGUUUUCAUCUCGGACAUCAGAAACUGUAAAAGCAAGGAAGCUGAGAUCAAAAGGAUCAAUAAAGAACUGGCAAACAUCCGUUCCAAAUUUAAAGGCGACAAAGCCCUGGAUGGCUAUAGCAAGAAGAAGUAUGUCUGCAAGCUUCUCUUCAUCUUCCUUCUUGGCCAUGACAUCGACUUCGGACACAUGGAGGCAGUUAACCUGCUGAGCUCGAACAAGUACACAGAGAAACAGAUCGGAUACCUAUUCAUCUCAGUACUUGUAAACAGCAACAGUGAGCUGAUCCGCCUGAUCAACAACGCCAUCAAGAAUGACCUGUCCAGUCGCAACCCCACCUUCAUGUGCCUGGCUCUUCACUGCAUCGCCAAUGUUGGCAGCCGUGAGAUGGCUGAGGCCUUUGCGAGUGAGAUCCCCCGCAUCCUGGUGGCUGGUGACACAAUGGACAGUGUGAAGCAGUCGGCUGCUUUGUGUCUUCUGCGACUGUAUAAAACCUCCCCUGACCUGGUGCUGAUGGGCGAGUGGACGUCCCGUGUGGUGCACCUCCUCAACGACCAGCAUAUGGGUGUGGUCACAGCCGCCAUCUCCCUUAUCACUUGCCUAAGCCAGAAGAAUCCAGAUGAGUUUAAGACCUGCGUUUCCCUGGCUGUGUCCCGACUCAGCAGGAUUGUCUCCUCAGCCUCCACAGACUUGCAGGAUUACACCUACUACUUUGUCCCAGCGCCAUGGCUCUCCUGCAAGCUGUUGCGCUUGCUGCAGUGCUAUCCCCCACCUGAAGAUGGUGCCGUCAAGGGCCGCUUGGUUGAGUGUCUGGAAACAAUCCUGAACAAGGCCCAAGAGCCACCUAAGUCGAAGAAAGUGCAGCACUCCAAUGCCAAGAAUGCGAUCCUCUUUGAGGCAAUCUCCCUAAUCAUCCACUAUGACAGCGAGCCAAACCUUCUUGUACGGGCCUGUAAUCAGCUGGGUCAGUUCCUGCAACACAGAGAGACCAACCUGCGCUACCUGGCUCUGGAGAGCAUGUGCACGCUUGCCAGCUCUGAGUUCUCUCAUGAAGCUGUGAAGACUCACAUCGAGACUGUCAUCAAUGCCCUGAAGACUGAGAGGGAUGUGAGUGUUCGGCAGCGAGCAGCCGACCUUCUCUAUGCCAUGUGUGACCGCAGCAAUGCCAAGCAGAUUGUUGCUGAGAUGCUGAGCUACCUAGAGACUGCAGACUACUCUAUCAGAGAGGAGAUGGUGCUGAAAGUGGCCAUCCUGGCUGAGAAGUAUGCUGUGGACUACUCGUGGUACGUGGACACCAUCCUGAACCUCAUCCGCAUUGCUGGGGAUUACGUCAGCGAGGAAGUGUGGUAUCGUGUUAUCCAGAUUGUCAUCAACAGAGAUGAUGUCCAGGGAUAUGCUGCCAAGACUGUAUUUGAGGCCUUGCAGGCCCCUGCCUGCCACGAGAACAUGGUAAAGGUUGGAGGCUACAUUCUGGGCGAGUUUGGUAAUCUCAUUGCGGGUGACCCUCGUUCCAGUCCUCUGGUCCAGUUCAACUUGCUUCACUCCAAGUUCCACUUGUGCUCUGUGCCAACACGUGCCCUUCUGCUGUCGGCGUACAUCAAGUUCAUCAACUUGUUCCCAGAGACCAAGGCCACCAUCCAAGAAGUGCUGCGCUGCGACAGUCAGAUCCGUAAUUCUGACGUAGAGCUGCAGCAGCGGGCAGUGGAGUAUCUCAAGCUUUCUUCUAUUGCUAGCACAGAUGUCCUGGCCACUGUUCUGGAGGAGAUGCCCCCUUUCCCAGAGAGGGAAUCAUCCAUCCUGGCCAAGUUGAAGAAGAAGAAGGGGCCAGGAGCUGUUUCCGUGACAGACCUGGAAGACAACAAACGAGAGGGCAGCGAGCUAAAUGGUGGAGGUGACCGUGGCGUUGACACAGCAGCCAUGGCUGCCUCGAAUGCUUCCACUCCAUCCCCGUCGGCAGACCUUCUUGGAAUUCGAUCGUCAGGCCCUGUGGGCGGAGCACCAGCCAGUGCUGGUAGCUUGCUAGUGGAUGUGUUCUCCGAAGCAGGACCCACUGCCCCGUCUGCAGCUGUGAACGAUGACGGCUUCUUGAGAGAUCUGGAACCGCCCACCGAGACCUCCGACUCCUUAUUGGUGGAGGGUUCUGGUGACUCGGACUCUGCUCCUCCCUCUGAGGAUCCUGCCCCCCCUCUGUCUGAGGCUGACGAACUCCUUAACAAGUUCGUGUGCAAGAACAAUGGAGUUCUUUUUGAGAACCAGCUCCUUCAGAUCGGCAUCAAGUCUGAAUAUCGACAGAACCUGGGGAGAAUGUACUUGUUUUAUGGCAACAAGACGUCGGUUCAGUUUGCCAGCUUCUGCACCACAGUGAGCUGUCCUGGCGAGCUACAGUCUCAUAUCCUUUCUUUUGGUGCUCUCAAUGUCCAGACCAAACCAGUGGAGCCCCUGGUGGAAGGAGGAGCUCAGAUCCAGCAGGUCCUCAACAUUGAGUGUCUGACGGACUUCUCUGAUGCGCCGCUGCUCAACAUCAAGUUCAGAUAUGGAGGGGCUCUCCAGAACCUGACCCUCAAGCUGCCCGUCACCAUCAACAAGUUCUUCCAGCCAACGGAGAUGGCGUCCAACGACUUCUUCCAGCGCUGGAAACAGCUGAGCCAGCCGCAGCAGGAGGCGCAGAAGAUCUUCAAGGCCAACCACAGCAUGGACACUGAAGUGCUGAAAGCCAAGCUCCUGGGACUUGGAGCGGCCCUGCUGGACAACGUCGACCCAAACCCAGAGAACUACGUCUGUGCCGGAGUCAUUCAGACCAAGGGCCAGCAGGUCGGCUGUCUUCUAAGAUUGGAGCCCAACGCCCAGGCGCAGAUGUACCGUCUGACCCUGCGCUGCAGCAAGGACUCAGUGUCCCGGCGCCUGUGUGAGCUGCUGGCCCAACAGUUCUAGAGCCUGAUCCACUCUGACCAGUUCACCCAUCACCAACACCCAGCCCCCCCCCACCAGCGACCCCUCCCCUCCCUUCUCUCCCCCACACCCACCCCAAAAAAAAAAUCUUUGAGUAAAGAAGCCUCCAUAAGGGAAUAAGCAGCCGCUGUCAGCAGCAGUGGCCAUAUAAUCGUCAUUAUUCUGGUCCCAGAUUCCAAUUCCAGAUCCAUCUUCUACUUGUUUAUUAACAGGAUGCUACAUUCUUUUUUUGUUGGUGUUUACCUGUGUAGCUGGUAUGUUUGCGAGUGUGUGUGUGUGUGUGUGUGUGUGUGUGUGUGUGUGUGUGUGUGUGUGUGUGUGUGUGUGUGCAAGGCCAGGAGUGUGUCGCGCUCCCUUCGCCUCCGCUCUGACCGCUCUAUAUUGAUACUCUAUAUAGAUCCAUAUAUAUAGAACAGUGAGUGUGUGUGUGUGGGGGGGGGGGGUUUCAUGCUACAUUCCUGGGAGACGCUUCCUCCGCACGCCCUCUCCCAACACACACACACACACACUCAUUCAUAAGAAUGAUUCCAUCUGAUGAAGUCCAGUCCGAUGAUCUCCCUCCAGCAUUCCCAGCCCAAACAGGCCAGUAAAAAUGCACUUAGGAAUAUUGGGGCUCAUGAAGCAUGAAGUACAUCAGGUCCCCCCUCGUCUCCCGGAGCAACAACGGCUCUGCAUUUCAGUGUCCCUUGUUGAUGUUGUCAGUGUGUGUGUGUGUGUGUGUGUAAAUACGAGCCAGUGUGUUUCAUUAUUGCUUUCUCAGACAUUUCCAUGAUGCUGGUUUGGAAGCGCCUGUGUUUGAAGUUGUCAUGGCAGAAGGAGAGAACGGGUACUGGGUGAGGCUCCGAGCCGCUUUCAGGUGUUCACCAUAACCAUUCCAUAACCGUGAAGAUUAGACCCUUGUGUCGCUGAGACGAGUCGCAACUUAGACUUUUGUACUCGCAACAUUCAGCGCAAGCUCAAACAAGCACCAUCUUCACCAAAAUGGGCCCUCAACCACUACAAAGACGGCUUCCCUCACAUGCUGCGUCCGCUGCUUUCUCACUCGCCACACACCCAGUUGUCUAUUUCAGGGGCAUCAGACAGGCCGUCGAUUCGUAACAAGCCUGAAGACAUUUCUGAUAUAUUCCAUUCUGUGGCUGCACAGCAAAUCAUGACAAUGAAGUUUAAUAGUGGAACAUUGUAGUCAUUUUUUUGUCAUUUUGUGAGUGUGUGUACGUGAGUGGGUGUGUGUCUAUGCAGUAUCCUCUAGCUAAUGCAGCCUCAUGUAUUGAUGUUUAAAAAAAAACCUGUCCAAUACCUGUGUUAGAAUUAAGAUUUACUCUGUAAUGGAAAAAAAAAUGUGAAAGUAAAACUAUGCCAUAUAUCAGACAA